UACAAAUGGAGAAGCCGGGGGACCUAAUUGAGAUAGACAGAGUUAAUUAUCAGCACUGGGCAUUGUACAUAGGAGAUGGAUACGUUAUUCACCUCACAACAGAUGGUGAUUCUGCUAGUAAGGGUGCAGCCAUUGGUGGAUCAUCUGCCUCCAUCUUUGCUAUUGUGAAGAAACAGGAACUCUCGGAUGUAGCAGCUGCUGACAUAUGGAGAGUAAACAACAGCCUGGAUAAAAAGUGGAUGCCACAGCCCCCUGAUGUUAUCUUGAAAAUUGCACAGCAACUAGUUGGCAAGAAGAUACAAUAUCGUCUCCUCAACUACAACUGUGAGCAUUUUGUUACCAAUAUCCGCUAUGGCAAACCAGAAUCAAGGCAGGCUAAGAAAGCAAAGCAAGUAGUAGAGGGCUCAGGUUUAAUUCUAACUGGUGUGCUGGGCACUAUUGCUCUGGCACUUGUUAGCGUUUUCGCUCCACGCACCUCCUAAUCAAGGAUAACAAGUACAAUAACGCCCUGUAUGUAAUCUCACAAACUGCAACCUUUCAUCAGCAUCUCCAAUUCUAGGGAGUUUUUCCUCACCCCUGUUACCCAU